AUGAGAGUGGCGCUGCUACUCAAUCUCGCCCUCGCUCAUAUCAGGCUGAAGAAGUUUCGGCAAGCCGUUGGCUUUUGCGAUGAGACGCUAUUCGAUGAGCCAGAUAAUGUCAAGGCCCUCUACCGCAAAGUCGAUGCUUUGGGAGAGCUGUGUGACUGGCAUGAAGCGGAGGAGGCGGCCUCGAAGCUCCAGGCCACAGGAGACGAAGGCGCAAAGCUGGCGGCCCAAAAGCGAGAGGAGUGGAAGAGGCGGCAGCGAAAAGCGGAUGACAAGCAGAAGAGGAUGUGGUCCGCUGCGCUUGACAAAGAGAAACCCGUGGCUGAACAGUCACGGGAAGCAGCAGAGGUGAAGCCUUCCGCCAAGCAGAAAGCUGAAGUGGAGGAAGCGUGGUGCACUCCAAAGAUUCAGAUGAUGAGUCCGUUUGACCUGCGCACCAAGAAGAUAGACUGGGAUGAGGACGUGGAUUUUGCGGACAAGAUUUGGAAGGACUCACUGGGUCGCAGAGAAGCCACCUUCUACCAGAAGCAGGCUUUGCCGCUGUCUUUGUUGGCGGGGGUUGCCUUGGCAGACCUAGAUUU